GAAGGAGGGGAAGAAUGAGAAGGAGCAGGAGGGGAGCAGCGCCGCUCGCGAACCCAUAUAAAAAAGAAUUGGCACAUGACAGCGAUGUAUAUAUAAAGCCCUGACACGUCCGAGGGCCUUUUCUUUGCAAAGAGAGGGAGAGAAGAAAGAAGGGAGAGAGAAGGGAAGAGAAAGAGAGAUGCCCCUGUGAAGCCACUGCUGGAGGAGAGUCGGAGGAGGCUUUGGGCAUGGCUCUCCUCCUGGCCCUCCUGGCCCUCCUGCCUGCCUUGGCAAGCCCCGUGGCAGACGAGGCCGAGGUGGUGACUCCUCUGCGCCUGGAUCGGGACCCCUCCGCCCGACGCCAGCCCUUCCACCCCGGGCAGGAGCGAGGCCGCUUCCCCGCUCCCAGCGAGGUGACUUUCCAGCUGCGCGCCUUCCGACAGGACUUCUCUCUGCGGCUCAGCCCGGACUCGCGCUUCCUGGCUCCCGCGUUCGUGGCGCAAUACCUGGGCGGGCCCCACUCCGCGCCCCCGGACCUGCGCCACUGCUUCUACUCGGGCGACGUGAACGCGGAGGCGGACUCCUUCGCCGCCCUGAGCCUCUGCGGGGGGCUGACGGGGGCCUUCGGCGUCCGCGGGGCCGAGUACCUCAUCCGCCCGCUGAAGGAGCCCGGCCUGGGCGGGGGGAACCGGGCGCGGUGGGUCGAGCCCGGGGAGCACCUGCUGCAGCGCCGGCGCCCCCCCGCCACGCCCGGCCCGGCGCCCGCCUCCCGCUGCGGGGUGGCCUCGGGGCUCAACGCCGGCGCCCUGCGCGCCCUCCAGCAGUACAAGCUCUCCCGCGAGGAAGGGCGCGAAGGGGACCCCCACGACCCGUCCUCGCCCCCGCCUCCGCCCCCGCCGCGCCCCCGAGCCAAGCGCUUCGUCUCCCUCCCGCGCUUCGUGGAGACGCUGCUGGUGGCCGACGAGUCCAUGGCGCUCUUCCACGGCGCCGACCUCACGCACUACCUGCUGACCCUGAUGGCCACCGCCGCCCGGCUCUACCGCCACGCCAGCCUGGGCAACGCCAUCCAGCUGGCCGUGGUCAAGCUGCUGGUCAUCGGGCGCGAGGACAAGGGCCCCAAGGUCACCGGCAACGCCGCCCUCACCCUCCGCAACUUCUGCGCCUGGCAGAAGAAGUGGAACAAGGGCAGCGACAAGCACCCCGAGUACUGGGACACCGCCAUCCUCUUCACCAAGCAGGACUUGUGUGGAGCUACAACCUGUGACACCUUGGGAAUGGCAGAUGUUGGCACCAUGUGUGACCCGAAACGCAGCUGCUCAGUCAUUGAAGAUGAUGGCCUUCCCUCCGCUUUUACCACGGCCCAUGAGCUGGGGCACGUAUUCAACAUGCCCCAUGACAAUGUGAAGGUCUGCGAGGAGAUCUUUGGCCGGCUGAAAACCAACCACAUGAUGUCUCCCACCCUGAUCCAGAUUGACCGCACCAACCCAUGGUCAGCUUGCAGUGCGGCCAUCAUCACUGACUUCUUGGACAGUGGACAUGGUGACUGCCUCUUGGACCAACCCACCAAGCCUAUCCCAUUGCCUGAAGAACUCCCCGGCACCAACUACAACCUCAACCAACAAUGUGAGCUGGCCUUUGGUACUGGCUCCAAACCCUGCCCUUACAUGCAGUAUUGCACCAAGCUGUGGUGCACAGGGAAGGCCCGCGGCCACAUCAUGUGUCAGACACGCCACUUUCCUUGGGCUGAUGGCACCAGUUGUGGAGAAGGAAAGUUCUGUUUGAAGGGCAUCUGUGUGGAGAGACAUAACAUCAGUAAGUACCGGGUGGAUGGCAAUUGGGGGAAAUGGGCACCUUAUGGCCAGUGCUCUCGGACCUGCGGCGGAGGAGUCCAGUUGGCCAAGCGUGAAUGCAACGAUCCAUCUCCCACCAAUGAAGGGAAGUACUGUGAAGGGAUUAGAGUUAAAUACCGCUCUUGUGGGCUGGACCCCUGUUCUGAUUCAGUUCCAGGAAAGAGCUUUCGGGAGGAACAGUGUGAAGCUUUUAAUGGUUACAACCACAGUACAAACCGGCUCACUGCCACAGUCUCCUGGGUCCCCAAAUAUUCUGGAGUUUCCCCUCGGGACAAAUGCAAACUCAUCUGCAGAGCCAAUGGAACAGGAUACUUUUAUGUCCUGGCACCAAAGGUGGUGGAUGGUACACCAUGUUCUCCGGACUCUACCUCACUAUGUGUCCAGGGGAAAUGUAUCAAGGCCGGUUGUGAUGGGAAGCUUGGUUCCAAAAAGAAGUUUGACAAAUGUGGAGUGUGUGGAGGAGACAACAAAAGCUGCAAAAAAGUCUCUGGCUUGUUCACCAAACCCAUGCAUGGCUACAACUUCGUGGUGCUCAUCCCAGCUGGUGCUUCUAGCAUUGACAUCAGACAGCGGGGCUAUAAGGGCCUGAUCAGCGAUGACAACUACCUGGCUGUGAAGAAUGCACAUGGCAAAUACCUCUUGAAUGGGCAUUUCAUUGUCUCAGCUGUAGAAAGGGACCUCAUUGUGAAAGGCAGCGUGUUGCGUUACAGUGGGACAGGGACAGCAGUGGAAAGCCUCCAGGCCUUUAUGCCUGUCCAGGAACCUUUGACUAUCGAAGUGUUGUCUGUUGGGAAGAUGACUCCACCUCGGGUGCGCUAUUCCUUCUACUUGCCCAAGGAAAGCAAGGAAGACAAGUCCUUGUACCGGAAGGACGGGAAGCGCCCGCCGGUCCUCACCAACAGCAUCCUCAGCUUCUCCAAUCGCUUGGACACGGGCCGGCCGGAUUACAAACGGCCCUCUUACAAAUGGGCCACCACCAGCUGGGAAGACUGUUCUGUCACCUGUGGCAAUGGGCUGCAGAAGCGCAUGGUGAUGUGUCGUGACACCCUUGGCCAGCUGGCCUCCGCCUGUGAUGCCACUCAGCGGCCCAUCGAUAUCCGGAUAUGCGGAGACCCAUGCCCCACCUGGGAGGUCUCCCCUUGGUCAUCGUGCUCCAAAACCUGUGGCAGGGGGUUCAAAAGGCGGAUGUUGAAAUGCACAGGGCGGGGUGGCAGCCUCUUGCCCCGGGACCGUUGCAACCUCCGGAAGAAACCCCAGGAGCUGGACUUCUGCACCCUGAGGCCAUGCUGACUGGGCUGGACCCAUUUCUGACUUAGGUGUCAUGGGCAGCAUUCUGAUUCUUGAUGAUGCAGUGGUGGAAAGUGUACAAAAUAAAGAUGUUAAAAAGCCUCCGGGGGGAGGGAAAGGCAGUUGACUGAAUGGAGGGGCGGUGGCUGUUACAUAGCACAUUUCAAUAAACAAAAGGAUCUUAAGUGGUCAUAAAGAAGAAGAGAGAGAGAGAAAGGGAGCAUGUGCCAGAAAGACAAGGCUGAAUAGUGGGGGUUUGGAGGAUUCAGUCACUCAGUGGUAAAGCAGGAAUAAACAACUACCUCGAAGCUGUCAUCACCCCAAAUUUUGUCACAGCCUAGUGAUGUAUUUUUGGGGUCUGAGGAGAAAGAAAGGCAAGACCAGAAUUGGGAGAUAUUGCCGUCCACAGAUUGGACCAAAGACAGUCAUUCCUAAGAACUAUGGCUCCAUUUUCCCAUCCUCUCCAGCAUCCUAGUCUUAUAGUGGACCAAAAGUAAGCACUGUUAACACCUGCCAUGAAAUGUAAGGUUGAACAGCUGGGACCACGUGGUACCUCCAAGGGCUGCCAGCAAGUGACCCUCAGCCCUGGUGCAUUGCGGGUAUCUUGGCACACACUUUACUUCUUCGUCUUGUUUGUUUUUGACUCUUGUGCUUUUAUGAAGGGCUGACAACCAGUCACUGAUUGGUAGCUUUAAUUCUGUUAACAUUUAUGGACCAAACAGUAUACUUCUUUUUUUAAAAAGAAAAGGUGCUUAAUUCUCUUUUCUCUUGGACCUCCUUGGUUGACUUAAUUGCCAAUUUCCCUGUAUCAUACACUGUUCAUGGAAGUGUGUUUCAUCCCUCUUCCCUAAAAAUGAGAUUGAGAAGACCCAGACUCCCUCCCUCCCUGUUAAAUUCUAAAACCACAUGCCUUCUAAAUGUGUGGUUUUGUCUGAGUGUCCCACUGCAAAUUCGUGCCAAAUCCCUGUGGAUCUAAAAUUCCCUUCAUCUGCAAUGUUUUGCAAUUUUCCCCAACCAAUUAUGUACUGUGUAUGCAAAAUCUUUUCUGCCAACCUAGCAGUUUGAAAACAUACAAAUGUGAGUAGAUCAAUAGGUACCGCUCCGGCGGGAAGGUAAUGGCGCUCCAUGCAGUCAUGCUGGCCACAUGACCUUGGAGGGGUCUAUGGACAACGCUGGCUCUUCGGCUUACAAAUGGAGAUGAGCACCAACCCCCAGAGUCAGACACGACUGGAUUUAACAUCAGGGGAAAACCAUCACCUUAUGCAAAAUCUUAAUGGUCAGGGUAGUGUUAUAAUAAAGAUCCCUGUGUGUUACUUGAACCAUUUGAGUAGGUGGUUGGGCAGCUUAUUCCUGAGUAGAAAUGACAUUACAGCUGCUACAAUGCCAGAGACCAAAUCGAUGGGUUUACUAAGUGAUACAGAAGAGAUUCCUUCUCUGCUAGGAUAUGGCAACCUUGUCUAGGUGCUUAACUGGUAGUGUAAUAUUGCAUCUUAGAGUUUUCUACCUUGUUUUUUUUCUGGAAUAUAGUGGUUGUUACUUACAAUGAGCAAAAUGUGGCUCACAUGUUGAUUUAAGCCCAAGGCCAUUUUU